UUUUUUGUUCGACUUAUUUAUUAACAUAAUAAACAAUUCAUAAUUAAUACAGUCACGAUUAGGCGCGUAAUGUGAAGACACGUUAAUCUAAUAAUUCAUACCAUGUAGGUUUUUUUUCUAUAUUAUAACCCAAACAGUAAUAAUAUAAAGAUAUAUUUAAAGUGAUUGUCACUUGAGACAAUGUCCGUAUUCGAAACUACAACCUGCUUAACACGACUGUGCAAAUAAUUACUAUGUCUUGUGUGCCGGUAUUAUCAUGUCGAUGGAUUAUAUGGAAUAUUCAUUUUUAUAACACAGUCCGUUUUAAGUUUUGUGCUGAUGUAGACAUGUGCUACAAUGUUUUUAAUCGCAGUGCUAACUUAUAUCUUGUGUUCAUACGUUGCCGCUACAAACGGAGAACGCAUAAUUAAGACAACAAACGGUCCAGUUAGAGGACGUUUACAACAAUAUAAUAAUAUUUCGUACUAUUCCUACGAAGGAAUACCUUAUGCGGAAAAUCCUACUGGAUCCCUUAGAUUUCGGCCCCCAGUCCCGCGACGGCCAUGGACCGAUGUGUUUAAUGCAACUCGAGAGCCUCUCAUAUGCCCGCAAAUGCCCGUGAAAUAUCAAAAGAACGACAUGAGUGAAGACUGUUUACGUAUAAAUAUCUUCGUGCCGACACGCAGUACUGCAGAAACAUUACCAGUUCUAGUGUUUGUACACGGGGGUGCAUUUCACUAUAUCUCUGGUAACACCGAUUUAAUAUACGGUCCUGAGCUAUUGUUGGAAAGAGGCAUCAUCUUUGUUACUAUGAACUAUAGGUUGGGAAUUUUAGGAUUUAUGUCACUUCAAGUCGAAGGUGCCUCAGGUAACGCCGGUUUAAAAGAUAUUCUAUUAGCAUUGGAAUGGAUAAAAGUAAACAUUGGCAGAUUUGGAGGUAGCAGGGAUAACAUAACGAUAGGAGGCAAUAGUUCUGGUGCUUCCAUAGUCAAUUAUUUAUUAAUGUUUAAACAAUCGUCCGGAUUAUUUCAUAGAGCGAUAUUGUUCAGUGGCAGUGCCUUAAGUUAUAGAGUUCUAGCGAAACAUCCCGUGGAGAACGCAUUGAAUUUGGCCAAGCUCGUGUGUCCUGACGACAAGGACAAAGAGUCGAUACUGAAAUGUCUAAGAGAGGCCGACGUAUUCGAUUUAGUGAAAUACUUCGAACAAAUGAGGGAAGGGGAUAAGAAUCCUCUAAGACCUUAUACACCAUUUAUACCAAAUAUUGAAAAAGAGUUUUCGCAUGCAGUUCUCACUAAACCUCCGAUAGAAAUGUUACGUGCCCAUGAGUUCCAGAAUGUUCCUAUUUUAGCAGGAUUCAACAGCAAUGAGGGAAUUUACAUGGCAUCAGGAUAUUUAAGGUAUCCUGACCUUGUAGUAAAUAUUUUAAGAAAAAAUAUUGAACUGACUAUACCAUCCAAUAUCGAAUAUCCUCUUGGUUCCGAAAAAUCAAUGGCAUUAGCAAAAUCUAUUCUUAAAUUUUAUUUUGCCGAUGAAAACUUUUCUAAUUGGACGAUAAGUAAUGCUUUCGACCUCAUAUCUGACACACAUUACGUUCAUGGUGUCGACUUGUGGAUCAACAUGUAUAAGGAAAAAGAAGACAGCAAUAAAGUUUACUAUUAUUACUUCGACUUUGAUGGAGCUUUGAAUUGGUAUAAAAUAUAUUACAAUAUAACUUAUCCUGGAACAAGCCAUGGCGACGAUUUGGGAUAUGUAUUCAUUACAAGUGCAACUAAACCAAAAUUAAAAUCAGCUGACAGAAAGAGUUUGGAAACCUUAGAUGUAAUAUUAACUGUGACUACAAACUUUGUAAAAUACGGAAAUCCCACACCAAAAAACUCUUCGGACUAUACAUGGCCAGAAUAUGAAGCUGAUCGGAAAAUGUUACUUCUAAACGAUAAGCCAUCUGUUAUUAAAAUUAAUCCAACAAUUCGGAGGAGGCUAAAUUUUUGGAACGACAUUUAUAAUGAAUAUCACAAUUAUGUUUCUAAUGGUGGUGUAACAGAAAAUAAAAUUGUACCCUAAAAGGGUUUUUCAAUUUGUAAUUCUACAUUUUUUUUGCUUAGUUGGCACCCAAGAUCUCCUCACAUCAAAACGAAAAUAAAAAAUCGCAUAUUUAAUUUGCAAUGUACAGCUGCAACUUUCCAAAUACUAGUUCAAACCAACUCUUCGACCGACUAUCGAAAUUUUGUCAACUUUAAACCAUCCAACACUUCAACUUUAACGAUUAUAGCUAUGAAAGUGG